UCCUGUCUCCUUGCAAAGGUACAAGAUUCCUUAUCCCAGCUCAGCAUCAAGGAGUCAUAAUUCCACAGUUUACCUUGAUGAACACACUGAGAUAUUCAAGAUGGGCAGCAACAGUACCAGCACUGCUGAGAGUAAUUGCAAUGUCACUCAUUUGACAUUUCAGUACUCUCUGUAUGCAACCACGUAUAUCUUCAUAUUUAUUCCUGGUCUCCUGGCUAACAGUGCAGCCCUGUGGGUUCUGUGCCGCUUCAUCAGCAAGAAGAAUAAGGCCAUCAUUUUCAUGAUCAACCUCUCAGUGGCGGACCUUGCUCACAUCCUAUCCUUACCUCUGCGGAUUUACUAUUAUAUCAAUCAUCACUGGCCAUUCCAGAGAGCCCUUUGCCUGCUGUGCUUCUAUCUGAAAUAUCUCAACAUGUAUGCCAGCAUUUUUUUCUUGGCAUGCAUUAGCCUUCAGAGAUGCCUCUUUCUCCUCAAGCCAUUUAGAGCCAGAAACUGGAAGCGUAGAUACGAUGUGGGCAUCAGCGCUGCCAUCUGGAUCAUCGUGGGGACUGCCUGUUUGCCAUUUCCCAUCUUGAGAAGUGCUGGCUUAGCCAGUAACAGUGAAUUCUGCUUUGCUGAUCUUGGAUACAAACAGAUGAAUGCAGUGGUUCUGGUCACCAUGGUUACAAUUGCUGAGCUUGCUGGAUUUGUGAUUCCAGUGAUCACCAUUGCAUAUUGUACCUGGAAAACAACUGUAUCUUUGAAAGAGCCACCGAUUGCUUUUCAACGGAUUAGUGAGAGGAAAAAAGCUCUGCGGAUGGUUUUUAUGUGUGCUGCAGUCUUUGUUAUCUGCUUCACUCCUUAUCACAUUAACUUCAUUUUUUACACCAUGGUAAAGGAAAGCAUCAUUGCCAGUUGUCCAAUUGUCAAAAGCACACUGUAUUUCCAUCCUUUUAGCCUGUGCCUCGCAAGUCUCUGUUGCCUUUUGGACCCAAUUCUUUAUUAUUUCAUGGCUUCAGAGUUUCGUGACCAACUAUCUCGCCAUGGUAGCUCUGUUACCCGUUCUCGUCUCAUGAGCAGGGAGAGUGGCUCAUCAAUGGUUAACUAA